UACUUGUAUCUAGUAUCCAGUACACUGCCAAACGAUUCUUAAACACUGAAAAUAGGUCAACUGACUACGUAGCAACGCAUGUCUUGUGCAUGCCCCGUGCACGAACUGGGUGCCACGCAAUGCGCAACGCGUGAGUUGGUCCUAAAGUUUGGCUAUUCACCGUGAAUUGUAUAUGUAGAGUUCUUUUCGCCUGGAAACUGGAUUCGGUCAGUUGAAUCAAUUUCCCUUGGGUUUUUCGUCAUCAUGCCACCUGUACCUCAAGCUCAACCGGUUCCCAAGCCAGCGGAAACACCGGAAGGUGUACGUGGGAUUUUGCUUGGACCGCCCGGCGCCGGCAAGGGUACGCAGGGACCUAAACUUGCAGAGCGGUUCUGUGUUUGCCAUCUAGCGACAGGUGACAUGUUGCGUGCAGUGGUUGCAUCAGGGUCAGAUCUUGGGAAAGAAGUCAAAAAGGUCAUUGAUAGCGGGGCGCUGGUCAGUGAUGAACUAGUGGUCAAGAUGAUUGACAAUAAGCUAGAUACACCGGAGUGUUCCAAUGGCUUUCUGCUGGAUGGUUUCCCAAGGACUGUGGUUCAGGCAGAAAUGCUCGACAGCUUGCUGGAGACAAGAAAGCAACAACUUGAUGCAGUUGUGGAAUUCAGCAUUAAUGAUUCACUUCUUAUCAAGCGAAUCUGUGGUCGUCUGAUCCACAGAGCGAGCGGUCGGAGCUACCAUGAAGAAUUUAACCCACCCAAAGUGCCUAUGACGGAUGAUGUUACUGGUGAACCCCUUAUUAAGCGUUCUGAUGACAAUGAAGAGACACUGACGUCUCGCUUGGCAACCUACCAUAAGCAGACUGCUCCAUUGAUUGAUUACUACAAGAAGAAGAACAUCUUGCAAAAAGUGGAUGCGUCUCAGGAUCCUAACACUGUCUUUGCACAGAUUCAAGCUCUUUUCACUAAAGCUACUUCCAAAGACAAAGUCAUGUUCUUAUAACUUUGAGCACGAUACCUUUGUCUUUAGAGUAAUUUAGAAUCGUUAAAAUGACAUAUUAUUCAAAUGACUGUACAGAAAUUAGUCUUUUUCGGCAAUUACAGCAGCCAAUGUCAUGAAACGUAGCAUAACUGGAACCAUACAUAAGCGUUGCGCCACAAAUUUAUGCCCAAGCUGCGCAAGAUACUAACGUUCAAUUUCACAAAAACAUCAAAAUUCUUGGACAAGGACAAAAAUGGCUUUUACGAUGGCUGUUCCUUUCCAGUGUAUAACAACAGUCAUCAAACUGUGGUUGAAUCACCUUCAACCCCCAUUUUGAAAAGGUUUUCAUCUUCAUCGGAACUGGACAUAAAAUCUUGCAGUUCUCUCACAGCCAAACAAGUUUUUCAUUUCCUUCUACAACAAAGUAAUACGUUUCUCGUAUAAGCCUUGUUAAGUUCAGCAGUGAUGAGGCUUAACCAAACACGAUAUGCUAGUCAAAUCUUUGAUCUUUGUUGGUGCAACUUUGGCACCUAAAAUGGCUACGUAAGUUUGGUGAAAUUGGUCUUAAUGUAUUGCACAACUUAUGCAAUAAAAUGUGGCGUAAGUGAAGUUACGCCACUGCUUAAAGUUUUGUGAAAUUGGCUGCCGAUGUUUGUCUUUACCUCAUUUAAAAACCCGAGAGCCAUGAGUUAGAAAGCUUGAAUUUAUUCCAGGCCACCCUACUUCAACACAGAAUUAACGUUGGUCUGCUUGUCGGGUAAUAAUUAUUUUUAAUAUUCUUUAAUCCUCAAGCGAAGUGUAACACUGGAGUAAUUUUUAAAGAAGGGUAUGGUUCUCAUCUACACAAUAUGUGUUUGCAGUGACUUUGCAAAUUUGUGGUAAGCAUUUGUCGAGUUGGUAACAGUUUAAUAUCCCAUUUAUGUUAACUUUUCUUGGCAAGAUGCAUUUAUUUAAAAAAAAAAGAUGUUAGAAUAGAGUGUAGCAAGAAUGCAAUGAAACUGACAGUUUCUUUCACAAA